UGUUCCGCUUUAGUCUGAAGUUCGGAAGAAACAAACAGGAAACAAAGAUGAAUCUAAAAUCAGAAAAUCUACAAGACUAACGACCAGGAGAUUAAAUGUAAACUGAAUAUUUAUACAACUACACAAACAAAUUAGUCCGACACCGAAUGUGUUAAAUACAAAUCAGAAAUCUAAAGUCAAUACAACUAAAAGUAUUUCAAUAGUUUAGAAUCACCUCAGUCGACAUGUUGGGGAAAAGUCAAAUCAGGAGACGGACCCUUUCAUUUGCAGUUUUAUUUGAAAAUAACAUUAAAUUCUGAUUCAACAGCUGAUAAAUCUUCCAUUGUUACAGAAAAGAAUCAUUUCAGAAAAUCACAUAUAGAAAAAUGACAUCUAUUACUUCUUUCAGUAACUUGUAACUGAUAUGCAUCGUAUUUAGUCGACACCUGCUCACCCCUGGUAACACCUGCUCUAGGUCAGAACCACUCGAUCGCCCCCUGGUGGUAGUUUUCAGGUUAUCCAUCCGGUGGCUGUGAACUAUCUCAAUCUCUUAUUGAUUUCAGAGGUCAAAGGUCAAAGUCACUUAUGAGUCGUCUGAAAUCUAUGAAACUUCGAAUUUCAUCAUAAUUUCGUAUUAUUAUCGUUAUUGUUAUAUUGUUAUUAUUACAUUAUUAAACUGAACAUUUUGUUUCUGUAACAAAAGAAUCAAAACAAGUCUCCACAUCACUCAAACAUCCGGGUCACGUGCAGGAAUGCAGCAGGUGGGGCGGGGGUUAAAUACCUGAGGUGGGCGGAGUUUCAUUCUUGAGUGACAGAACCGACCUUUGGAACGAACACUCUCACACACUCACACAGACCGACACACAAAGUUAGAGCCACACACAGACACACACAGGUCCAUCAUGGCCACAGACCUGUCCCAGGACGCGGUGCUCCUCUACCUCCGGAGCAGCGGAGGCUCCGCGAAGAACUCCGACCUGCUGCUCCACUUCAGGGACUUUAUCCGGAACCACGCGGACCGGGACCGGAACCGGGAGCAGUUCAAGAGGUUCGUUAACACGCUGGCGACGGUCCGGCAGGAGGACGGAGUGUCUUACGUGGUCCUCAGGAAGAAGUUCCGGGGACAUGUCCCGGGGGACGGAGGAGGAGGCUCCGUGUCCCCGGAGAACACUCACCUGAGCCCGGAACGAGCGAAGCCCCGGACACCAGCACAGCUGAGGGAGGUGGCAGUACCCGCCCCGCCGGGAGAAACCGCCAUGAAAACGAUCCUACCCGCAGCUGGAAUCAUCAGCAACAACAACAUGGAGACGAGUUUGAACCUGAAACGUAAAAAACAACAACAACAACAACAACAACAACCACAUCCACAACAACAACCACACCAGCAGCAACCACCACAACCACAACCGCAACAACCACAACAACAACCACAUCCACAGCAACAACCACACCAGCAGCAACAACCACAACAACAACAGCAACAACCACAAAAGCAACUGCAACCACGCCAGCAGCACCAGCAACAACCACAACAACAACAACCACACCAGCAGCAACAACAACCGCAACAGCAACUGCAACCACGCCAGCAGCACCAGCAACAACCACACCAGCAGCAACAACAACCACAACCACAACCGCAACAACCACAACAACAACAGCAACUGCAACCACGCCAGCAGCACCAGCAACAACCACAACCACAACCGCAACAACCACAACAACAACCACAUCCACAACAACAACCACACCAGCAGCAACAACCACAACAACAACAGCAACAACCACAAAAGCAACUGCAACCACGCCACCAGCACCAGCAACAACCACAACAACAACAACCACACCAGCAGCAACAACAACCGCAACAGCAACUGCAACCACGCCAGCAGCACCAGCAACAACCACACCAGCAGCAACAACAACCACAACAACCACAACUGCAACCACGCCAGCAGCAACAACAACUGCAGCCACCACAACAACAACAACAACCGCAACCACGCCAGCAGCACCAGCAACAACCACAACAACAAAAACCACAACAACAACAGCCACACCAGCAGCACCAGUAUCAAGAACCACAACCACAACCACACCACCAACAACAACAACACCAACAACAACAACCGCACCAGCAGCAGGUGAACAUCUCACCUGAGCCUCGUGUUCCUCCUGCAGCAGCUGCUCCUCUCCACUUCUCGGAGGAGCCUCCCCUGAAGACCCCCGCUGGGUCGGCUCCUCCGGUCCGACUCCAGUUCACCGAGGUGCGGCAGCAGACUCUGGGUUUCGGCCCCCCCCCUGGGAUCACACCUGGGGUCCGACAUCAUGGAGAAACCCGCCAGCAGGGGGCAGCUCCUCAAGCCCUCAGGAGCAGGGAGGGCUGUGUGCAGCCUGGAGGAGGAGGAGGAGGAGCAGGAGGAGCAGGAGGAGGAGGAGCAGGAGCAGGAGGAGGAGGAGGAGCCCUUCAUCAAGCGUCUCCUCUUCAUCCUCAGAUGGCUCCACGCCGAUUCAGAUACAGGCCGAGCUACAAAUCUGCUGUUUCUCAAGAUGAAGCCGAGGAUGAGGAGGAGGAAGAGGAGGAGGUCACCAUGAGGCAAGGCUCAGCAGGAGGAGUGUGGCCGUUAGAAGGCCCCAUGAAGACCCUCUCCGCCUCCUCGCCGUGCAUCAUAGAGUCACCUGCACCUCCCUCUGGUGCCUCCUCUUCAUCAGAAAGGAAUCUCCCACAGAUUUUCAUCCAGGAUGUGGAAGGGGGAACACUAACCCCCCAUGGCCCGGUUUCUGGUGGUGAGCCAGGGGUGGAGCUGAAAAGACAGUGGGCGGGGGCAGGGGGGCGGUAUGUGUCCCCACAGUCGACGCCCAUCAGAUACAGCCAACCACAGACCUACACGCCAUCUCCAGAGCGAGUCAGGGAGGUUUCUCCUCUUCACGACCGCCACCAGGACCAUCGACCCUCGCAGCCUUCAGGCGUCCAGCUGGAACCCAGGCCUCCUCACAGCCAGGGGGCGCUGCUGUCCUCCAGCCACAGCAGCGUCUUCUCCCCCUCCUCGGACGCCGGCUUCUCCAGCAGCGACUGGCCUCCGUCCGGCUCCUCCAGAGGAUCCCGGUGGACCGGCAGCUACGAGGACCUACAGGCCCCGGCAGGUGAGCCCGGGCGUGGAGGUCUCAUCGAGGACGUCCUCCAGAGAGCCCAGAGGACCAGGAUCCAGUCUGAGACCACAGCAGGUCGUCUGUCCCAUCGCUCCACCGAACAGCUCCAUGACCUCCAGGACUCUCAACGCAGUGUGCUGCCGUGGCACCUCUCCACAGGUGACCUCUGUGACGACCAGGAGAACCAGGAGUCCAGCGAUGGCUCCUCCUUGUCAUCGCCGGUCCGGCAGCGCCCGGCCGUCACCCGGCGGCUCAGCCGUCAGGCGAGGGGCAGGAUGUGCUGCAGCCUCGGGGCUGACCUCGACCAGCUCCUCCAGGAGGAGGUGACGGGAGGAGGAGGAAGUGAGGCGGCCCGACUGAACCGCCUCCACCUGAUCUCCUCCUCGCUCAGUCUACAUCACAACCUGUCCUCCUCCUCUCUGUCGUCCUGCUGCACGCCGCCGCGCUGCAGCAGCAUGGCCGACCUGGUCGAGGGGGGGGAGCGGAGAGGAGGCAGGAGGAGCCUCCCUUCUUUUACCACUGCCCCCCCCUCCACCGCUCACCAUCAAGGCUCCAGUAAACAGUCGUUGGUUCCUCUGGAGCCCAAGGAGCACGACUGGCUGGUGAAGGGGGCGGCGGGCGCCUGGACCGACAUCUACUCCCUGUUCAGAGACGAGCCGUCCCUGCUCAACAAGAGAGACUUCAUCUCGGGCUUCACGGUGCUGCACUGGAUCUCCAAGCACGGGGACCACCGCGUCCUCAACACCUUAUGGUACGGGGUCCAGAAGGUCGGUUCGAUGUUUGACGUCAACGCCCGCUCCACAUGUGGCCACACGCCCCUCCAUGUCGCCGCCAUCCACGGAAACAAGAACAUAAUGCGGCUGCUGGUCAGCAAGUUCGAUGCCGACGUGAAACUCAGGGACACGGCGGGAAAGAAGCCCUGGCAGUACCUGAGCGGCAACGCCCCGCUGGACAUCUUCCAGCUGCUGGGCGCACCCGCUCGAGUCGCUCUGGGCGGAGACGCGCCCGGCAGGAAAGUCGACUCCAGCUGGGAUCAGCAGCAGCAGCAGAACCGCCGCCGCCGCCAUCACCUCUCCACGGCGUCCUCGGGGGAGAGGCCGCUGACCGCCGCCGGCACGGUCCGGGUGAAGAGGUCGUCCUCCAUCGCUGCCUUGCUCAAACACAAAUCCAUGCGCCGCUUUCACGGACCCAAAUCCAACAUCUUUUUUUAA